AUGGCUGCUGGGGUUAUUAGAAAUCUGAGCGACUUUCGGCUGGCCACAUCAUUCCAGCACCCUUUCUAUUGCCCACUGGACGUUAAAGAUACUUUAAUAGAGGAUGAGGAAGAAGAAGAAGAUGAGGAAGAGGAGGAGGGUUAUGGGCAGGAAGGGGAUGAAGAGGGCAUAGAGGAGAGUCAGAAUAUAUCAUGUCAGAUACACAGAGGAGAGAAGGAGUGGCUAGAGGAAGACUACACCCCCAUCACCACAGAGACCACCCAUCACCUCCUUCGCUUCCUGGACCUCAUCAACAGUGACAUCCAGCGCUACUUUGGGCGGAAAAAUCGAGAAGAGGACCCGGAUGCCUGCGACAUCUACGAAGACCGCACGUUUCUGGGGAAAUGCGGCCGUGAGCGUUACUAUGCCGACCUGGUUAAGAUGGCCCAGGCAGGCGGGGAGGAGGACCAGGAGUCACCUUCCCUGAAUCCGCUCUGUGAGGCCGACAGCCAGGCCAUCGAGCAUCUCUGCAGCCAGGAGAACGCCCAGCAGCUAGGGCCCCUAGCUGAGCUCUUUGACUACGGCCUGAGGAGGUACGUGGGCUCCGGCGGAGUAAACAAGCAGGUCCAUCGCCAGAGAGUGGACAGGAGACACGGGCAUAUUCUGCCGAUGUGCAAACGGCGCCUGCCCUCAAGUUUCUGGACAGAACCCACACCCACCCACCAGGUCUGUCUGCUCAGUACCUCCAACACCCCCGACUUCAGUGACCUCCUCGCCAACUGGACCACUGAGAGCGGCCAGGAGCUGCAGGGUGGAGUCAGGGACUCCCCUCAUGAGUUGAGCCAGCAGGCACUUGAGACUGAUUUCAACAUGGCAUAG